GCAUUGUGAGCUAAUAUUUUUGGCCACGUCCCCGGGCCACGUCGCGCUUUACUCGCCAUUUUCAACCAGCUCAAAGAAAACGCGGAUAACGGUUACGUUAGACAGACAAGGCAACAAAAUUACAACAGCAUAAUUAAGCGUGAGAGACGCCCGUGAUCUUUAAGCCGUUUUUGUCUGUGGUCACUGAGGGUACCGGCCUCUCCAUCCAGCAGCAGUAUGAAUAUUUUUAGACUCACCGGAGAUCUCUCUCAUUUAGCAGCCAUCAUCAUUCUGCUGCUCAAAAUAUGGAAAACCAGGUCUUGCGCCGGUAUUUCUGGGAAAAGCCAGAUUCUCUUUGCCUUGGUGUUCACCACUCGCUAUCUGGAUCUCCUCACCUCUUUCAUCUCCCUGUAUAACACCACCAUGAAGGUCAUCUACAUCGGAUGUGCAUAUGCCACAGUUUACCUGAUCUAUGCCAAGUUCAAAGCCACGUACGAUGGCAACCAUGACACCUUCAGAGUGGAGUUCCUGGUUGUUCCUGUGGGUGGCCUGGCAUUCCUGGUCAACCAUGACUUCUCUCCCCUGGAAAUCCUGUGGACCUUCUCCAUCUAUCUGGAGUCUGUGGCCAUCCUGCCCCAGCUUUUCAUGAUCAGCAAGACCGGAGAGGCGGAGACCAUCACCACCCACUAUCUGUUCUUCCUGGGUCUGUACCGUGCGCUCUACCUCAUCAACUGGAUCUGGCGCUUCUAUUUCGAGGGUUUCUUCGAUAUGAUCGCCAUUGUGGCUGGUGUGGUUCAGACAAUCCUGUACUGCGACUUCUUCUACUUGUAUGUAACAAAAGUACUGAAAGGAAAGAAGCUGAGCCUGCCAGCCUAAGUGCCAAAGACCUGGGGAUCUUGGCAGACUCACAGGGGGGCGUAAGCCAUCGUUGCCACCAAGCAAGAGUAAGAUGCCUGAGACAGGGUGCGAGAGGAAACCACUACUGUUUUUUGUAUCUCCUGAUAAAAUGUCAACAGCUCCAGAACAAAACCGAGGCCGUCCCUUGGUCUCCACAGCCUUCGGUUUCCUGUUUUAUGCAUCUUGCCUUACCUUUUUUUAUUACUCUGUAUAAAGUAAAAAAAAAAGUUUUCUACAAAUUUGGUGUACUCUGUAGGUUCCAACUUGCUUUUGCAGCUUACAGGAUUAAAACUGUAAAUUGCACAAUGAAAAUUUGGCAAUACAAGUCAUAGGGAUGUUGGUUAAGUAAAUAUUGACUAAAACGUUUGAGUGUUUGAAAUUUAAAAAGACAUUCAAUUUGUUUCCUGAUCUUUAGAGGAAUAUUUUUAGGACAUCACAGAACCCUCCUGAAUUUGUCAAUGUAAAAAUCAGAAGUUUACAUCAGCUGGUAAAUUUUUAAUAUUUAAUUUUGCCUCUACAUGGUUCCCUUUGUACAUUCCUUGUUAAAUUUUCAGUUCUGGCCAGUUACUAAAGAAAUUUCUCCCAAUGCCAUUUGUUUGCUCAGUUUGGAUUAAAUGACUGACCCUUGUGAUUUGUUGGACUUGUAUAUCUGAAAUGUUAUGUAGUGGGUAUAUAUCCCAAACUCUCAAAAUGGCACCUUUUCAGUGUAGAGGCUUAAUGUCCCACCCCCCCCACCCCCCCGAAGAGAUGGCUUAAUCGAAGAAAGUAUUGCCUUAUCUUAUAUGAUCGAAUUCCAUGCUGUACAUAGCUUUCUUCAUUUAUCAUUGGCAAACCUCUUAUGCCAUUACCCAAAACAAACCUAUCCCCUUUUGAUUUCUCUUGACUCUGUAUCCAGUAUGUUAUUGAUAGUACAUUAUCUGUACCUGUAUUCCAUCAUCUGGAGUCUCAUCAUUUCAAAGAGCACCUGAAGGGUUUAGGACAGGUCGUGCCGCCUCUUGUUUGGCAACAGAUGACGACGGUGGGGAAGAAUCACCCGGGCCCCAUGGUAGAGAUCGGCUCCUGAAAUACAUAUGCAGUAAUUCUUUCACUGAGGUAAAACAUUAAACAAUGCCCAUAGAAUUGUCUACACGAUGUGCAUAUUGUUGAGCUCACAACAGAUAACCUUAUUUUUAAUCUUAUGUAUGAUGUUCUGGGCAUUGUUGUAUAAAAUUAAACUCAGUGUAGUUUUGUUUUUUACUUUUUCUUUAGGUUCUACAGCCUUUGCUUCCUUUGUCUUUUCAUUCAGAUCAUUCCUAUAGGGACUUUUGUUUUAAUUCUUUUUUUUUUUUACUGAGCUUUUGCAUGAUGUGACCCUGUGAUACCACCUCCAAUAAAGAUUUUAUGGGAAACACAAA